AUGCCUCCCAAGUCGUCUCCGCGGAAGUCGCCAACCAAAUCUGGUAAAGGUUUGAAAGGUGCGAAGAAAGGCGCUAAGUCGAAAGGUCGCGGUGGUGCAUCUCAGAGGAGAAGACGCAGACGAAGGGAGUCGUAUGGUAUCUACAUCUACAAGGUUCUGAAACAAGUUCAUCCCGACACUGGUAUCUCAUCCAAGGCCAUGUCUAUUAUGAACAGCUUCGUUAAUGAUGUCUUCGAGCGUAUCGCCUCUGAAGCUUCCCGGCUGGCCCACUACAACAAGCGGAAUACCAUCAGUAGUAGAGAAAUCCAGACAUCUGUUCGUCUGCUUCUACCCGGUGAACUUGCCAAGCACGCUGUCAGUGAAGGCACCAAGGCAGUCACCAAGUACACCAGCUCCAGAUAA